AUUAAAUAUACCUUCCAGAAAAAUUCUAGUGUACAUCUAACUCCACAUGAAACCUUGCAGUAUCAAACUCAGCAUCCAGGUGGCAGCCACUGUGGCUUCAUUCUUUAUUAGCGGCGUGUUUGGCGUGACAAUAUCUACUGACACUUUUGAAACGAACCCGGGCGUGAAAGUCUUCGAGUCUUUUUUACUUCAUGGACGAACAAAUUAUUCGAUACUCAACAGCCCUUCUGUUACAAUCAAGAGCUUUUCUAACGAAGGCUUCUUUUUCUUAUCCAACACAAAUGGUGUGGUAUCUUCCACAAAGAUAUACAAUCAGUUUUUUAAUCACGGAAAAAUUGUGUUCGAUUCCUUGCUGAAUAACGCCAAAUCUUCCUACAGCAUUGAUGUUGAAGACUUCGCGAACCGUGGUGAAAUGUAUUUCGGGAUUUCGAAUACCGGUAGUAGAGAUUUACCAUUCCUUGUUAAUUCUAAGUCUUCAUGGGAGAACGAUGGUUCAAUGGUAUUUCGGUCAGACUCUACACAAGCAGCUCGACUUGCGAUGAAACAUGUGGUCGGUUUUCACCAUGAAAGUGGUCCGACAGUAACAAACAAUGGAUUAAUAUGUCUAUAUAACACUAUUUGGCAGACCGAAUCAAGUAUUAGUGGAUCAGGCUGUAUCUUUGUGGGUGCUGACUCAUUUUUAACCUUACAAUUGAAGUCCGGAAAACAAUCAUGGUCCAUUUCGGAAGCUCAAACUAUCUUCUUGGAAGCUCCUACUUCACAUUUAAGAAUUUCUGGAUUGAGCACUUCUCUUUCAACCAAGCCUGUUAUCAAAGUCCAUGGUUUUGGUGGGAAUAAUCUCAUUGAUUUUCAUCUUGGUGAUGUUGAGGCACAACACAAAUACUUUCCAGAUACGGGGAAAUUAAUGGUUUACGUCUCGGAACAGCCUAAAGUUGAAUUUGAUAUUGGUACUGGGUACGAUUCAAGUUCGUUCGAUGUUUCAAAAGUACAAAAAACCAUGAUUAUGAGAUACAGUGGCCCACCAGGUGGCAGUUCUGGUGACAGUUCUUCUUGCAAAUGUGUUUCUGAGUUUCCUCAAGCGCCAGAAGCUACUUCUGCUUCGUCUUUGUCCGCCGCUGAGUCUGAGCUUGAGCCUGUGUACCUCUGUUAAUACUAGCUUCAUUUAUAUCAUUCAAAGACAAAUAAGGCUAUAAAUCCUGGGCAUGUGUGUUUUUGC